UGUUGCAUAUAUAUAUAUAUAUAUAUACAUAUAGCCCAGGCCAAUACUAAAACCUGCAAUAGAGCAAAGAACCCCAGAAAUUCCGCGUUUUGAGCUCCAUUUCUUGUAUUUUGAGCUCAGUUUGACAGAAAUCCUAAUGGAAGUUGUGGGUGCGCGGAGCUCCAAUGCCAGUGGAGCCAAAUAUGAGUGCUUGCUCUUUGAUAUGGAUGAUACAUUGUAUCCUUUGAGCGCCGGUCUUAACUUGGCUUGCCGCAAGAAUAUAGAAGAGUUCAUGCUGCAUCACCUGGGAAUCGAAGAAACUGAGGUGCCAAAAAUGUGUUUGGAUUUGUACAAGGAAUGUGGGACUACUAUGGCAGGUCUCAAGGAUCUUGGUUACGAAUUUGACAACGAUGAGUUUCAUGCUUAUGUUCAUGGGAGAUUGCCCUAUGAUGCACUCAAACCUGAUCCAAUAUUAAGGAAUCUUCUGCUUUCCAUGCCACAGCGCAAAAUAAUUUUCACCAACGCUGACAAAGCACACGCAGCUCAAGUGCUGAGUAGGUUGGGUCUGGAAGAUUGUUUUGAAGGUGUGAUAUGCUUUGAAACCCUCAAUCCACCACCUCCGGUGGCACCUUCUGCUGAUCACGCCAAUGGAACGCCGGAUGAUGACAAUGACAGUUCCGAAACAACAAUCUCUGGAGACGCCAUCAAUGAUGAGACAAAGAGCAAGACCAUAUUUAACAUGGCGAAGCAGCAAAUUCUCUGUAAACCUUCUCUAACGUCGAUGCUAGCUGCCAUUCGCAUUGCAAACGUUGACCCCAACAAAACUAUUUUUUUUGAUGAUAGUGCUCGAAAUAUUGCUUCUGCAAAAUUAGCUGGACUUCGUACCGUAAUAGUGGGGAGCUCCAACCUUGUUCCUGGUGCUGACCAUGCGUUGAGUAGCAUCCACAAUAUCAAAGAAGCCCUGCCUCAGAUAUGGGAAGCUGAAGAAGAGCAUCUGGACCAAGUCAUCCAAUCCAGAGUGGAAACUGUAGUCCUUGCGUAGGAAUAAAUAUAUACAAAUAGGAGAUUACUCCAUCAAAUCAGUAGGGAAACUUGUAAGUCAUCGUUGGCUUGUCAACGAGGCUAUGCAAUGAAACGUCAUUCUGCAAGUGCAACUCAUAAAAGCACUUUGAAGAUUGCCAUAUUACAUUUUUAAUGCAGAAAGGUUUUAAAGGUUAUUCCGUCAA